AUGGAGAGGAGCAACUGCUCUGCCUUUAAUGAAUUCAUUUUCUUGGGAAUUACUGAUAACACAGAUGUCAGAGUGGCUCUGUUCACCAUAUUUCUCCUUGUUUAUCUCAUCGAUCUCUUAGCAAACCUUGGAAUGAUGUCCCUAAUGUUAGUGGAUCCCCACCUGCACACACCCAUGUAUUUCUUCCUCAGCCACCUCUCUUUCUGUGACCUCUGCUAUUCCACAGCAAUCGGACCCAAGAUGCUUUUGGACUUCAUGGCUGAGAAGAACUCAAUCCCUUUCUUGGGCUGUGCUCUACAGUUUCUGAUCUUCUGUGUCUUUGCAGAUGCUGAGUGUCUGCUGCUGGCUGUGAUGGCCUUUGACAGGUACCAGGCCAUCAGCAACCCCUUGCUGUACACAUCCCACAUGUCCAGCAGGCUGUGCUCCCUGCUCGUGGCUGGGGUUUAUCUGGUGGGACUCACAGAUGCUCUGAUACACACUACACUGGCAUUCCGCUUAUGUUUCUGUGGAUCUAAUAAAAUCAAUCACUUCUUCUGUGAUUUACCUCCUCUUUUUCUCCUUUCUUGUUCUGAUACACAAGUCAAUGAGCUGACUUUAUUCACCAUCUUUGGAUUCAUUGAACUGAGUACCAUCUCAGGAGUCCUCAUUUCUUAUUGCUAUAUUAUCUUGUCUGUCAUGAAGAUCCGCUCUGUGGAGGGAAGGUUCAAAGCUUUCUCCACCUGCGCCUCCCACCUCACUGCAGUCGCCAUCUUCCAGGGAACUGUGCUCUUCAUGUACUUCCGCCCCAGUUCUGCCUACUCCCUAGAUCAGGACAAAAUGACCUCACUGUUUUAUACCCUGGUGAUUCCCAUGCUGAAUCCUCUGAUAUACAGCCUACGGAACAAGGAUGUGAAAGCAGCCAUGCAGAAGUUGAGAAACAAGAAGUGGUUUAAAUAA